AUGGUUACAGGAUCGCCACUAUAUCUAGCAGUAGGCUACUAUCCUCUGACGUCAUCUACAGCAGCCAAUGAUUCCAGCUUAUCUGAAAAUCCACCUGGACAACUUGCUAACACACAUCCCUCUACUGGGGUUUAUGGUGAAAAUGGCAGUUCAUAUUCAUUCUCCGGGACUCGAUCACCACCGAGUUAUAUCCACUUACCUUCAUCCGAUGCACUAGAUACCAGGUGAUUUCAUUAUCUGAGGGUCCACUGCGACCUCAACACUAAACGUAACAUUUAUUAUAUUGGAUUUAUAAAUACAUACUUUUCUCACAUUCAUAACUUCACCAACGUAGCGAGGAAAUGAGCAUCACAACCCCAAAUCGACCUUACAUCAACCCCAUAUUAAACCUACAGCAAAAAAGACCCGGAGGAGAAGGGGGAAAAAACAUAAAUAUGGUGUCGGGGAAUGUAAACAACUAAUUUGCGAAGGAGCAGAACGGGUACAGUAGUAGGGCAAGUAAAAAGCUGCGGUUUUUGCUAGGAAAUAGCCACAAAUUAGUUGACUAGUUAGUUUAAGUUAAUGAGAUUCCUCGGCAAAAAAGGAUUAUUCGAUGUUGCAUGAAUUUUUAAAUGUAGUGUAAGUCUAUUUCUGGGUUCAUCUUUCUGGUUUCCAUGGAUUUUUCCAUAUAAAUUUUGCAUCGUGGGAAACUAAUUGCCGACUUGUUCAUCACUUAUAAACGCCUCCACUGGACGCGUGCUUAUUAACUUGGAACUGUGAAUUUUUAACAUUUCUGUAGGUAUUCGAUUACUCUUCUCGCCUGGGUGUAUUCGGAGGGGACAGGAGGUGAAAUAGUUUCUUACUGGCAGGAUUCCAACUAUGGCGUAAGCAUCUCGAUUGAAAACUCUCGCCCAGUCUUUCACCUGUAUUCACGUGACCAAUCCAACAAGUUCUCUUUGUCGAGUGAUCUGAAACUGCAGUCCAGUCAGUGGAGCCAUAUCGCAGGCUCAUUUGACAACAGGACAGGAAAUGCAAUACUUUAUGUUAAUGGGAUUAAAGUGGGAAGCAAAACUGGCCUUGGAAGUUUAGAGCUUCAAACAGAGUACGAUUUAUGGUUGGGUUAUCUUUUCAAGGGAAAACUUUCACAAAUUUGGAUAUUUAACGUAUCGCUCGAUAAACAGAAAAUCAAAGAAGUCAUGGAUUUUAUGAAAUCAACACCGAGUGAGUAAUACAAGUAUUACAUUAGCAAGUAAUUUUAUGAAAACAUUUCCCUCAAUUUUUUUGGUAAAAGAAAUACAUGCCCUUUGCAGCUUAGAAGCAAGACAGUUUUUACUUUCGAUCGAUCUCGCCUGCGCUCCCUUACCUUUAGGUUUUAUUAGUUCUGUUUAUUAUUUAAGUUAAGGGCGGAGUGGCCAAAUGGUUAACACGACGGACCUCAGAUAUUUAGGCCGAUUUCAAUCCUUAGAUUAGAUUGUUUUCUUAGGGAAAAGAAAAUGCUCUACUUUAGUUGCGUUCCUUUUGACCAAUCUAAAUCCGGAUUUUGCGAUCCGAAAUUCGAUUUUUCGUUUCAUUACUAAUUCAAUCUAAGAUUGCAAUCUGAACGAUCCACCUUCGCACUUGGAUCGUUCAGAUUGGUAUCUCAAUCUGGUUUCAGAUUUUUGUUCUAUUUAACGAAACUUCUUUUCGAUCGCAGAGAACGUGCUCGUUUAUCAAUAAACACGGCGGGUCAAGGUUAGUUCAGGCAAAAAUUAUUUAUACUCGUCCUCUGUUCUAUGCCGCUAAAGGAUUGUAGUAUAUCAGUAGCCUUAAGUUCCAUCCACAAGGAAGCGAAAACGCUUGGAUUUUCUUACCGUAAAACCUCACGAUAGUGUGCAAUGUGUGUGUGUGUUUAGAGCGCGCUUCUCAGCACUGAGAAUUCGUAAUGAUCUUCUCUAUUUUCUUGAAUCAAAUUCCAGAUAAUUUCAAGUUGACGAGUCCCAGUAUGAACUACCACUAGUAAGAGAGUUACUUUUCUUUCCAUUUUUCCACGAGAAGACACUUACUAAUAAUUUAGCGGAAGAAGUAAAAAAAAAAACGUUGUGUUGAAAUUGAGAAGAUGAUCGGAGUAGCAAGCCGCCGCUCAUGGAUCAAUCUUAUUUGAGAUUUUUGUUUCGGCUACCACGAAAAUCCAAACAAUCUGGAUUGUCUAAAUCCGAAAAAAGGUUUGGCUAAAGGGAACGCAACCUUUAUCUCUCUUUCUCCACCCAUCUGUCGAAAUCGGUAUCAGCCGAGGACUAACUGUUUGAGAACCUUGCUGGGGAUAUCACUGCAGCAAUAGCCUGGCCUGGCCUCUCCAUUUUGUGGCGAGCCGCUAGAACAACAACAACAACAACGACAACAUAAGCUUUAUUUGCAUGACUAUAAUUAUGUAGUUACAGUAUUGCAAAAGCUUUAACAUAAAGUUACAAUUUAAAACAAUGAUAAUGCAAUGCAAUGAUUACUACAGUUAAUCAAGUGUCAUCAGCAUGAUUUGAUAACAAAUUAGUACGUAAAUCAUUACAUAAUGAGACAAAUUUCAACAAAUGUGAAUUUACGGAAAAAUUCUGUGAAUUCAUAAAUUUGAUUAUUAAUUCUGUGUAAGAUAGCUGAUUUAAGUCGACUAAAUUUCGCUGGAUUUGAUUGUAGAAUUUCUCCCUUGGGAUUGAGUAUUUUGGACAAUGGAAGAGAGAAUGAAAUUCGUCUUCAAAUUCUAGAGAAGGUGCAAGCGAGCGGUGAGCCCCUCGCCCUCGUGUCUCCAUUCGUGUGCCGCUCAUGCAGCUUCUCGCGACUCACCCAAUUAUAUUCAAAUGUCUCUGGCUGAAUGGAGUUCAUUUUCCUAAAGAGCGCUCUUACCUUUAAUUUCCAAAUUAUUUUUAAUUUGUUGAUGACAUUAUUUCUAGGUCCCACGAGCACUUCCUCGCCGGCAUAUGCAACCUUCGCAUCUUCAUUUGCUUACAUUACUGCUGAAAUCGCAACGAAAAGUCUUUUCACCCACUCAACCCAGUCGGCAAGUCAAAAGUAUGUUUUUGUGUCGCCCACUGUCAGUCACACAGAGACAAUCAGGAUCACGUCGACAACACCACUCAGUAAACAGGUGACAGUGAUGACUCAAAACGUAUCAACUCCAGUUGUGAAAAUUCGAAACAUAUCGUCAACUCCAGUCUUGACAAAUCAAAACGUAUCAACCACAGUCGUGACAAAUUCUCAAAAUAUCAACUCAUCAAGGGUCCUGAAUUCCCAACAGGCUACUACAAGUAGUGUCACUCCAGGUAAGAGCGUAGAAAAGGUUUAGAUUUCGUGUUAAAAGGUAUUGGGUGGGUUGACUUGUAAGGCAUUUUUUGGUUGGACAAACCUAGUAUACUAAUUAAAGCAAUAGUCAAGAUCUGCAUACAUCGUCUCAAAGAAGAAGCCCUGACGUCGUGUUGGAAGAGUGUUCUACCGUUAAGCAAUCUCUCUCAACAUUGCAUUUAAAUCAUUAUGGUUUUCAAACAUUUUGCACAUCCCAAAUUUUGCGUUACAAAACAAUGUUUGAUCGUUUAAGCCACCUCAUGAAGUGCAUGACAAAUACAAGUUGGACGAAAAUGUUUGAUCGUUUAGCCGGGCCCUAACAACGAUCAUUUCCCCGACCAAAUUUCGAACCUGGCCACCACCAUGUUUUCCAACCAGGUUGAGAAGAGCCCUCUCGACCUAGUCUCACCCGAACCAAACAUCGCUCGAGCUGAUGACGCAUCUCACCACUUUUCAUUUAUGUCACACCCCGAUUGCCGAACCGCUACUGGAAAAACGUUUGGGUAGGAGCGUCUCUCUAAACAAUUACUAGCAAUGUGAGAUGCUUUUAAAAGCUGCUAGCUAGCCAACUACUAGCUGCUACUACUUUAAGCACAACUUCGCGGAAUAUUAGCCGUCUGUGUAUCACAUCACUAGAAAAUUGUUUGCUCGGUAGUGCAGACGUGACAUUAUCUUUUUUUCUCUUUCAGUUGUGGACAAUUUUAGGAUAGUUGAACCAUAUCCUGAGAAUAUUUCUGCUUUAGAGUCUACAUCUGCCCAAGUUACUUGCAUAGCUUUCGAUUCGACAGGAUUAAAAACGCCCGAGAGAAUACAGUUUAUGAGGAAAGACAAAUUUGGCAGAUACACAAACGUUACUACCAAUAACAAUACGUAUUUUACAAGCGAGGCGAUAGAGGUUGAGCAAGGUAGGUUUAAACAUAAGAUUACAACAGGUUAGGUAUAAUUUGAGCACAAUCUUUAGCAGAAACAUCUCUUCAUUAAAAAAAAAAACGACGGGAGUAUCAUUCCUUGUCCACAAUCGGUCGUCACUUUCUAUCUUGGACUGUAUUUUCCUUCAUAGCGCUUGAUGGCUGCUUAAUAGAGGUGACAACAAUGGGAGGCUCCCGUUGGGACGCCAAAAGAUGGUCGCGGCCGCUGGCUGAGAGGUGGCCAUUUAAUAGAGGGUUAAGUUUCAUUCUUUUCUACAAUUAUUUCGGGGGUUUGAUUACUGGCCGCUUACCAGAGCGUGGCCGCUUAAUGAAGGUUUAACAGUCGUAGUGUGGCACAUCAUGCGUGGGUUGCGAUGCCAUGCUUGCAUAUCCGGCAUGCUGAAUUAAGGUGUGUUGAGUUGACCGCUCAGCUCAGCUUAAAUUGCUGGUAAAUUACUGUGUCCUUGUAGUAAUCCCCCUUGAUCAUGAGAAGAAUACGGCCCUUAGCUUGCUUAUGUGGUUCGUUCUUAGCGUGGUAAUAACAAAACCACGUUCUAAGUCACUUUCCGUUUGCCCAAUGCUUUUAUCGAAACACCAUUUUUCACGAACAAUUUAAAUAAAGCAUAUAGCGUAGCCAGUAGUCUGGAAAAGCACUUACUUUCUUAAACUAACCCCUGAAGAAGAAGAUCUGGAGGUCCAAUAAUUUCUUAAACCGCGGCUUAAAUUAGACUUCGUUUAAAUAACCGACCCUUUUUUUAGUUUAAGCCAUUUUAAAAUUGUUGUAAAUUACAUUCUACGUACGUAGAGUUUUGAAUUCGUCUGUUUUUCUUCUCGAUUCACCAGAACAAAAUACAAAAAAAAUUAAAAAUAUCACCCACCGCCUUGUUUGAUAUGGAAUAUUUAAGGUACAAAUGAAAGCUCACGUUAAAGCGUAAGCGAAUAUAUAGUUACCAAGUGUUGAACAAAAAUAACGAUCUUUUUAUCAAUUUGGCUGAAUCAUAACCAGUCUAUCACUGUGGUCCUUAAGUCAUCUAAUAUAUAUAUUCAGCCAAGGCUAAAAGCGAAGCGUCCAUUUAUAUACCUUUAACAAGCUUCUGAACCUAUGCAAACAAACCCAGAAAUUUAUAAAAGAAUUCUUACCCAUACCCCUGUAUCAAUGCAACGCCCUCCCCCCACCACACCCCUUUGAGAAACUAAUAGCCCAUGAAAUUUAAUGUUUUAUAACGUGUUAACAGAGGCGCAAAUCACUCGCCAUGCCUAAACCAUUUUUCAGAGAAUUUCACUCACGCGUUAGUCUGACACAGUCCACGAAAGAAAAAAAAAGUUCCACAACACCUUGCAAAGUUAUGACUGACAAUCAAAACUGUAAAAGCCUGCACGUUCAACUUUCACUUUCGUGGAAUCCCGUGGCGAAGCCUUCCUCAACCGAAAAAACAAAUAAACAAACAAGCUGCCAAUAAUAGACGAAUGUCGAUAGCAACUGUACCUUAGUUACGAACACGAACAAAUAAAAAUUUGAAAAGUUGAAAGAUUUCCCCUGUAGUCCGCCUUAACAGCUUGCAUGAAUUAUCACCGAUGAAUCUCGUUGCGACACUUUCCUAGACGAAAAACCAAAUAAACAAUUCAGUUCACGAUUCACCUGUCAAAAUUUUGGAGACUAGGUUGUUCCUGAAGUGUGAUCAAAAGCAUGACAAGUCAAACACAAGAAACUACAAUCUAGACCUUUGCUCAAGCAACUCCGUUGGUUGCCCUAAAAAUGGUUAUUUUUGCGCCAAAACGAAAAACAGUGUAUAUGUCUGGGAUUCCCUUUCCUACCCUACUGAGUUUUUUAACCCAACCCCAAGAGAUGUACGGCCGAGCGGGUCCGUAAGCUGACGUAAUAACCAAAUUUUCACUCUCAUGUCCAGCAGCUAUGCAAAGUUAUUGGCACAAAAGAAAGCGUAUACAUGAGAAAAGGUUUCAACUCCCAUGGGACUGGUUUGGGACCCCAACAUGACCGCCGUUUUAUUGUUUUAGGCGACAGCAACUUGGCCGACGUGAGGUCAUGUGUAAAAGGCUCUAUACAUGUAGGGUAAUGCGUUUUGACCGUACAAGCAUGAUUGAGGUGUUUUCUGCCUCCUCUGAGUGUAAGCCUAACCCUGUCUCUCUAUAUUAUGUUUUCUAUUUUUUAUCGCAAGAGGCCUUAAGAGUUUGUAGAAUGCACGGAUCCAGAGGAUUCCAUAGAUUCUCUGGAACGUCAGUGCAACGCCCCUACUGUUGUAAGGAAUCACCCUUUAUUUCUCAAAUCCCCCUAAUUAUUUUACAGGUGGAAAGAAAUUGCGGAAGCUUUUUGUUACUUUGCACUUCCGAAAUAUAACGCUAGAAGAUGACAGUAAUCAUUCUCAGUUGGUUGAUUACGAGUGCCGGGUGUUUGCAGCUGGCGAGCCAGAUUAUUUCUCAUAUGGCUUUCAAGUAUAUGUCAUCACAAGUAAGUGAAACCAUAGGCGGACACAACAACAACACCUGCUACUACUACUACUGCUACUACUACUACUACUACUACUACUACUACUACCACUACCACUACCACUACCACUACCACUACCACUACCACUACCACUACCACUACCACUACCACUACCACUACCACUACCACUACCACUACCACUACCACUACCACUACCACUACCACUACCACUACCACUACCACUACCACUACCACUACCACUACCGCUACCGCUACCGCUACCACUACCACUACCACCACCACCACCACCACCACUACUACUACUACUACUACCACUUUUUUAACGUUAUGUUUUCUAUAAUUGAAUGAAGGAGUAAGUUAAAACAAAAAACUGUACAUGUAUUGCUGUUCUUUCAAUCUCUGAUAUUUUUAGGAUAGUUACCCCAUACUUCUGGCAUACGUACUCGAUCAGGAGGGGAUGGUAUAGUGCGGCCUUUUGCAGUCACCUGGAUCAAAAUAAAGGCUAAUCUGUGAUUUUGAUACCUUUUGGCAUUUAAUUUUUUCAGGGGAUGAAAUACCCACCGUGACUGUAUCUAAGACUAGUAAGUUGCAGCAUGGGGACAACUUCACAAUUGUUUGCAACGUGACUUUGGGUGCAAAACCUUCAAUGACUUCCCUGAGGACGAUUUCAUGGUACAAGGAUGGCGUAUUAAAGCGGUACUUGAAAAUAUCCAACGCAGAAAACGCUUCAGCUACCCUCGGACCUCUUGUUGGCAAAAAUGCUGAUGUCGAGGAUGGAGGAAAUUACACGUGCAUUCUUCAGGUGCUGCUUCAAACCGGAAGAAAACACAAUGUAUCGGACGGAAGCAUGGUUCAAAGUGAGUCUUGACUCCAGAAUAAUUUCAAAGCCCUCGGUCUCUUGACACAAUCCCAAAGGAAAAUUUUUCUUGGUUGUGAUGUAGGCGGCUUUGGCACGAUCUACCAUUUUAGAUAAACGACCGGUUAGCUCAGUUGGUAGAGCGCCGGACUGCUGUGCGGAAGGUCUCAGGUUCGAGCCCCAGACCGGACGAACACUCGGGGUCUUAAAAUAACUGAGGAGAACAUGCUGCCUUUGUAAUGACAUCUGCAAAUGGUUAGAUGUUCUAGUCUUGUCUGAUAAGAACGAUAAAUCGUACGCCCCGUCUCCUGCAUCUUCAGUGUUAUAUGGUCAGCAGCGGACGUUAAAGAACCCAUGUUCUUGUCGUAAAGAGUAGGGCACGGAGUUCCCUGUGUAGUGGUCUGUCCUUGUUUCACGGGUUGGUGCUUCACAUACAGUUAACCUCAUUGCAUCUUUCCCCGCUUGGACAAAUUUGCCCAAGGAAAAAAUGAGUAUAAAAUAUAAAGCAUAAAAAAGCCAUCUUGAUUUUCGGUAGUUAAAAAAAAAAUUUAACAAUGAACAUACCUAAAUUACUAGCAAACAGGUAUGGCAAACUGAAAUUGGUAUUUCGAUGCAUAUUUCAUGCCAAAACUGUCCUGCGCACACACAACGCACUCAAAAACAAUUCGCCAGUCCAAAAAAGGUCAACUCGAUUCCUACUAUACUUAAUUUACCACUCCCUUUUAGAGGGUUUGACCGACAUUUCUCGCUACAUAUGCCAAAUGUAUAGGGUCGUUUUAUCUUGACAGAAAAAGCAGAUUAUUUCUGUCUCCUCUGAUGAGUAUCUCUGAACCCUCAAUCUGUAUCACUCACCAGUUAUAGGCAAACAAUUGAUCCAGAAGGUUCCAUAGAUCCUGUGGGACCUCUUUCUAGAUCUCGAAAAAUUUUGUAUUUGUAACCAGUCGCCCCAAGAUUAUUUCCCCCCAAAACCUCAAGAUUUUACAGGUGGAAAGUUUUUUGUUACUUUGCACAUACGGAACGUAGCGGCGGAAGGUUACGUGAUAGUGAGGACACUUAUGGUAUUGAAGAGUCAAAUCAAUAUUAACUUUAUGCUUUUUCUUUCUCUCUCUUUCUCUCCCUCUCUCUGUCUCUCUCUCCAUCUAUUUAGUCACCUCUUGGCUUGAAAAACCAAAACAGGAUAUUGAAUUUGAAAAGUUCAAAGGAGACAAUGUUUCGUUUGAAUGUGGAGCUAAAGGAUUUCCUCUUCACGUUGAGUGGAAGUUUCAGAAGCGUGGCGAAGAAACAACACAGUCUGUCACAGGUGCGUUUAUUUCAUCGUUAGUUUGAAACAUACAGGUAUUCUGAGUAACUAUGAAAACUCCUUUAGAGAUUUACAUAGACUUUAAGUAAGAGCUGUACCCAAAAUAAAAAAAAGCUAAAGUAAGUUCGCGAAUGAGUGUUUAAUCCAACAGACGCAACUAAACUACAACGUUACCAGUCGACCCCAGAGCCUUAAGCAGACUAGGAGUGAGCAACUGAAGCGUCGCGCGGUCUACAUCUCAAGUGACCACAGUGAUUUCAAACAAAAAUUUAUAUUUAAAAUCCUAAAUCUAAUGCCAGCCUUAUAAUAAAAAUACAUAUAAUGAAAGCGAGACACUAAAGCAAGAGUGACACUAAUACUAUCUCCAUUUAUAAUAUAAAACGUGAAAUCGGAACACCACAAUAACUUUGAAUGUGCGCGCAAUAUCACAGCCUUCUGCAUUCUCUUCAAAAAAUAACUCGAUCGCGAACUAAAAAUCUUAUUCAUCUCGAAAUCCAGCUCCUUGGGCCAUUCCCCCAGUACUUCUAUGAUGACUUUCAGCUGUACAAUCUCUUGUAUCCUGUCUAUUCAGUGUCUAGUAAGCUCCCAGUGCAACGGUUCCUACUUCUCUGUAUUCUCAGUGUCCUUCCUCACAGGGGUUUUCCAACCAAUAAGGACAAAUCAUUUCCACAGAAAGCAACCUCUUUGCCUCGUGUUCUACAAAUCGCGCAUCCACCCUUUGUUGAUCUCACGAAAGUGUUUUGCGUAAACAAGAACAUCCCAACAUCCCAGUUUAGGCUUAGGUUUAGGCUUUAGUUUUUGGUACACGUUAGUACCAAAAGGAACAGUGUCGGUGGAGCUUGAGGUCCCUUAUCACUUUCAGUGUAGCAUUAUGCCUGUCCAUAUACUCAGUCUGCACUUGCGAUAAACAACCCACCAGCACAUGAGAAAGGCUUUCCGGUACCUUUUCCCACAUUCUGGACAUUGUGUCAAUUUGGUCUGACGACCCAAUCUUAUAGACCGAGUAAAGUCGGAUUGGCUACAGCUGUGCGCAAAGCUUCGUUACACGUUAAUGUCAAACUAGGGUAAACAACCACGUUUUCUUAGCUGGUGGUCUUCUCUGGUCUACAGCAGACAUCUUUGCCAUUUCUGGUCUUCCACCUUCUCUCCGACGGCUUUCUUAGUUAGUUAACUUACUUGAUCUUCUCUGAUACUCUUCUCAGGAAGAGGAUUGAAGCAAGCUACACAACGGUUUGCAAGUAGCCAAAUUCAGACUAGUAGUUAGUUUCUCCGCAGACGACGAUCGAAUAGUAUCCCAUGAUGCACCUCGAUUCAUGUUAUAUUAUCACUGCGUACGUGACACAUUAUGAUCAGUAACCUUCAGCACGCGCGAAGUGAACAUCGAUCGCAGUGCUCGAUGUGGAUGGUUUCCAAACAUGUUUCGGUUCAGCAGCUUCUGCUUUUGAGAUUAUCGAGUUGGCUAAUAUUCACUGUGCUUUAAAGGAGAAUUUCAGCGUUGCUUUGACUGAGAAGGGUUUUACAUGUAUUUCACUGAUCUGUCGAGAACUACUUGUGCCGCGGUCGGUCGCACUGUAAACACAAAUUAUAAGACUCGCAAUUGAUAAGCUUCGCUAGGUUCACUAGGAGAACCCAGGCCAGAGGAGAACCAAAGCUAUGACUGAUCUAUAAAGUGGUUCCAACAAAACAUCCGCUACGCUGUGAAGCUAAUUACCAAAGGAUAAUUUAUUACAGCAUCGCGCUCAAAGGAGCUGAAGUUUACAAUGGCAGUUACAAAUAAAAUUUAACCUAUCGAUGCGACAAACAAUUCUCUGAAGCACAGUCUACCCGGUAUUGACUCAAGCAAUCUUCAAGGAAAUUUCCUGGCCAGAAUACUGAUCUGUUCUUUUGAAUAAAUAAAGUUUCUGCAUGAUGUUUCUUUUUCAAAUUCUGAGCAGGCUUCAGUUUACGUUGUGCCGGCUUGCAUGCUGCGUGGUUCCUUUCUUUGGGUUCUUUUCACAUUGAAACGCACCGUUAUACACCGCUCCUUCUUCGAAUUAAAAUAAUUAUAGUCAAAUUCCUUUUAAAAAUAACCUCCUUGAAAAUACAAAGUGAUUGCUUCGGCAUAAAGCGCUCUCAAAAGCGCCCAACAGAUUGUAGCCUUCAUCAGGCUUUACACAUAUAUUAUGACACAUGGCGUUGAAAUGUGAUAAAAGAUUCGAAAUUUCAGCCAUCUUUGGUCGACAAAAAAGUCUUCAAAAUGUGGGUACUUCUGGGUACUUCUUGGCCUGUACAAUAUUCAGGACUUCAUUUGGCUGGCGUGGGGUCCACAUUUGUAAGAUUUCAACAUAUAUUCCAAAAAACCUUGAAUAUUCAUGACCUGGUUGUGGUUCACUGAACACUUUGUGAUGGGAAGACUAAUUGAAACCGUGAAAAUAAAUGUUUCUAAGUGGAAACUUCGCUUUUAAGCCAUUGCAAAUCGGAGAAAUCAUGUCAAAUAACGAAAUAAUGUAAUUUUUUUACUUUUACUGGGAAUCGAGUGAGAAAAAAGCCGACGAGAAAACGACCUUAUUUCAAGAUGGAAUCUGCUAUGACUGCGAUAUUGCGUGAUGCUUCUGGAAAAAUGCAUCAUGGGAUGCUAUUCGCUCCUCCUCUGGUUUCUCCGUAAACAUAUGUGGUCCCUUCACAAGCGAGGAGAUUACCUUCUUGCAUGCCCUCUUUUCAAAUAGCUUUACAGUCUUCAUCGAUUAUUGGAUCUGGAUUCUCAUAAAGUUUGAUAGCCUCCUUAAUCUUGUUUAGCCUGUUCUACAGACUAGACUGACUGCUCUACAGACUAGAGUACAAUCCCCUUCUUCUCUUAGAAGAUACAACACUGCAGAAGAGAUGAGGCAGCUUCAUCCGCCAUUCUUCUGAAUCAACUUCUUGUCUCUAUAUCGAUGUUCUUCAGCUCUUCCAUUUAGUGCCCCAUGUUAGGUCCACAUAGGAUAUGUCAAGACGGGUAAAGCAAACUGGUUUGCUGUCUUGACACGCUUGGGCUCCAUAUUUGGCUUAGAUUUCUGAAAGCCUUUGCAAGUGUGUCUUCGCUUCAAAUAUGCAAUUAAAUUACAAACCUGUUUAGCUUGAUCUCAGACGAAGCGAACACUUUUAUUAUCAUUAUCAAUGAAUAAAACUGCAACAUGCGGGGAAACUUGUGGCCGGAAAUCCUAACACCAAACGCACUAAACAAAUAAUGGUUCCUUCGCCGGAUCAAACACGGGUACAAACAUGGAUACAAAGGUAGAAAACGUGGAAAGAAACUUGGGUCGAAACUAAAAACGGUAAAAAAAAAAAAAACAGGGCAAAAGAAAUUACAAGUUGCGAAAAAGAAAAUUUGACAUAAACAAACAACAAAACUGCAACAAAUCGAGGACUGUGAAACACACAUUGUUACGGCCAGAGAAAACCGCUGUAGAAGCGGACUGAAAUGAAAAACUGCUGGGGUAGGCCCCGAAAUAAAGAACUGCAAAUUGUACUGCAAUAAUGCGAUUAAAAAUACUGUUGAAUAUGCAGAAAAGAAAACUAAAGAAACUAAAAAAGGUGCUAAUGAACAUGAAAAAGUAGAGAUGCUAGAACUAACGAGUGGGCGAAAACUAAUACAAGGAACUAAACACUUAAAUUCACGCAAAUAGUUUUAACAAAUGGACGAAGUGCGACUAAUUAGCUUACGCAAAUGGAAAAAGAAAUAGCGUUCGAAACUGUCACACUUGGAUUCUUCAAUAUAUUUUUAUUGAUUGCAGCCAACAAAGUGGGAAGAUAUCGCAUUGAACGCAGUGGCAUCUACAAUCCAUAUGUCUUGAAAGUCUUUGACUUAAAGGACGCUGAUUGUGGAAAUUACUAUUGUUGCCUUCCAUUGAACAAAUCGGAUAAUGUGUCGUCUACCAUAAGGUCUGAAGACUGCCAGCGUUUUGUGCUGUGGGUGAGAGGUACGCAACUAGGUAAAACUGAGAGUCGAGUUUUCGGACAAGAUAAAUGAAAUUAUCUGAUAAGACAGAGAUAAUCACUACAUUGAAAUAAUUUUGGAAUCAAGCAGACCGGGCUUUAUUUUCAUCUCAUGUGAGAAUAAAAUGCUUACCCCGCCUUUCAAAAACAAGCCAAUUCUAAAGUUCAAAAGCCAAGAGACGUUUACACUCGUCGCUGCUGUCAAUUAUCUAUGCGGACCUCUUGGGAAACGGUUUCAAAAGGUCAUGGUUUGUGAUUUGUGAUUUUCGUUUCGUUUUGUGUGGGUUCGAUGCUUGUGAUUAAUUGUGAUUGAAGGCAGCGACAAACGCAAUUGUGAAGACGGCUUUUGAACUGCAGAGUUUGUGUCUUUGAGAAGCGAGGUUAAUAAUUGGAGCGAAACUCCUUAAGCUCAGAAUUUUUUAGGAUUUAAUAAAAUGUUUACAAUGAUUUUAAAAAGGGUUUUACGAAAAGGGAAACAAGCUUAGUGACUAUGUUAGAAAGUAGACGUCCGUCAGGAUAACAGCCCGCAAGAGGGCAGACCAUGUUCCCUUACUGGCUUAUACGGGACCAGCCCGAAGGCUAUAUACCAGAGUUACCUUCUUGAAGGUUAAUCAAUUAAGGUAUUUGAAUAAUGAGUAGUGGUGAUUUUCUUAAACAAAAUAGAAAAAAAGUGGAGGAAGCAUCUGUCAUUAAGUGAUUUAAAGCUACUUUAUAGUAAAAUACUUCGAAUAGACUCAACCUUUGUCUGUAUCAUUAUAAUUUCCAUGUUUUUCCGUGAUAUCGUUCAUUAACUCAAUUCCACGGAUUGAAAAAACAGAUGAAGCGUUGAUAAGUCGGUAUGUGGUAGGGAUGGAUUGCUAUGUUCAUUCAAAAAUACCGUAUGAAAGGGUGAGGGGUUGUGGACAUAGGUGGAGCUUUCUCGUUUAAGACUUUGAUGAGUACCUCCUUCUUCCAGGGGAAUAACGGCUACUUUAUUGCUGGCCCUUAAAUUGUUUUUCCUUAAUAUUCCUUCAGCGCGCUCUCGAUAAUUGUCGUUACAACAUUGCGACUCGGCGUUCACAGUAAGGACAGAGAGAACUUCCUUUAAGAGUAUUAAUCAUCACUUGUAUGAGCAACAUAGAAUUUAACGCAGUUGUAUUUUGACCUCCGGAACCACUGGGCGAGCAUCGAAAGUUGUGAAGGCAGUGAAAACUACGAGUGAAAGAUUGAACUGUUAAAUCGCGUUUUUUCUCCUGCACCCUUUCCCCUUCUUAGGCCUUCCAGCCAGGAUAUUACAUGUUAGUCUCCAUUUUGUUUCCCUGUUUUACAUGCAUAUGUUGCAUUUACCCAUAACAUAACUCUAACCUCAAAAUAAUUUAACACAUAUUUAUCUUGCAGAGGCCUGCAGAAAAAAACCUGAACUGGUCGCGAUUAUCGAAGGUGGUGCCGAAGUUAUCCGAGGAGUUCACGAAAAUAUCACGAUGAACGCCUCGCUUUCUUACGAUCCAGAUAUAGGAACUGGAAAUAAUUCAGGAAUGAACUUUACCUGGGAUUUUGGCGAGAUCAAAGGAAACAAUUAUUCAUUCCCGUUGCCUGGCCUAAGUGGUAUAACCGUUCAAUACUUCGCGGAGAAAGGUUUCGGACCAGUCGUCACCUUCGCCAAGAAACCCCUAUUACUGAAUCAGACUUACAUUAUGAAGUUGGUUGUCACCAAAGACUAUCGAACAUCAAGUGUCUUUCAAGUCAUUAGACUGCAGAAUGGAGAACCACCUAGAGUUUCUCAAAGGUACAUUUUUAGACGGUAUUCAUAAACCUUAUCUUUUUUGUUGUUCCCGUAAUUCUGUCACUGAUUAUCAAUAAGCCGCCGGCCGGGCAGAAGAAAUGUCCUUCUUGACGCAGUAAUUGCCAAUGAAUGCGUGGUUCAGCCUCUUUUUUUUAACACUCAGGAGUAUAUUCAGAGGGUGGCGAGGUAAAGAACGCGACGUUCCCCUGUUGACUGUUUCAGGGUCUCCGUGGAUAUUGUAUCAAUCUAACUAAGUUAAGGGAAAAUACAAUGAAAUCUGGGGAGGAAACUAGUCUCACUUUGUAAUAACAACUUAGUCAACUCAGUAAUGGAAAUAAAAAGCUUAAGGUUGAUUUCCACUGACGGGUUUUUGGCUACGCACGAUAACGCACGUAAAUUUUAAUGACGUAAAUAUAAAAGAGGCAAGAUGAAAAGUGCUGACCUUAAACGAGAAGUUGAGCGAGGUUCAACUUUUACGCUCACGAGCGACCUUUCAUGCAUUGCCUCUAUUUUAUAUGCGAACGUAACUUUUACGCACGUACGCACGUAAAAAUUACGCGACACUGGAAAUCAACCCUUAGUGCGGCAAAUGUCAAUAUUUGCACUAUUUUUAUGGAAUCAAUCCACUCUCGAGAUAGUCUAUCAUAACCACUGUUGCAUCAACGCAAUACUGAGUCACAAAAGCGUAAACUAUUGUGGCAAAUAUUAAGAAAGUCAUGCCCUACAAGAUGUGUAUUUAUUUUUAUAUUUAGCUGUCUUCUUAAUUGUGGAGUUCAAACAAGUCCGUCAGUUAGGUUGAGUAUCAAGUCACAGUGCCAAGGUUCUCAGUGCUCCAAAAUAUUCUCCUACGAAUGGACGCUCUAUGAACAGAACAAGUCCGCCUCAAAUACUGAUCCAAUAUGGCGAAAGGUGAAUAUAUUGCAAAGCAUUACAACUACGCCGCUAAACUCAAGUAACCUUGUCAUAAACGAAAACUCGUUGGAUGGGAGAAAGAACUAUCGAUUAGUGUUAUUUGUCACAACUAAGGACGGUAAUCGAGGAUUGUGUGCUUACGACAUUGUUACUGCUACGCCACCUUCAGGAGGACGGUGCGUGAUCAUUCCGUCCAGCGGCAUAUCAUUAAAGACUGAUUUCAACCUGAGCUGCAGCGACUGGGUCAGUGACACCACCCCUCUGACGUACCAGUAUCAAUAUCGACUGGACAACGGUUUGUACAGCAUGGUAUACUACGGAGUAAACAACAGCGUUAUUUCAUGGCUACCCCCUGGAAACCGAUCACAUAACUACAAAGUCGAGUUUCUUGCUACCGUAACUAACAGUUAUGGAGCUUCAGCACCGACUGUGAAUCUUUCUGUCCGGGUGAGUUCAUAGCUUGAUUAAUCCUAAGACAAUUAAGUCAUAGGCCGAGUCGUUCCCAGUCUUGAUAUAUAACUAUAAUCCUGAACAAAGCAUUUGAGUUGUCAUGUUAACAAACCCUAGGUCUGACCUAAUUGUCUUUCAAACAAGUUGAUCCUGUUUAUUUCCUAACAACGAUCAAGAACCCGUUAAAAAACUAACUGGGAACCGUUAAUGAUCAGCUACUAGAAACCUUUCAACAGUCUAAGGCCUCGUGAUUCGUUCGUUGUUUUUGCAGGUUGAACCAUCGCAGCACCUGAGCCCAGCGAACUUUACCAGUGUCUUGACAUCUAACGAUAGCUUAUUUAAUCAAGUGAUCGAAGAUGGUGAUCUGAACAAGGCAGUACAAAUAGCAAAUACAAUUCUAGAAGCGAUUUCGCUGGAUUCUUCCCUCAGUACAGAGGAAAAAACGAAGGUAGUAUUUCAAAAAAAUACUGUUUAUAACGAUCCGCUCAAAACUGAAAAAAAGCCGAACCGACGUUCAGAAACUUUCCAUUUCUAAUUUAUGUCCCCAUUGGUUGAAAUUUAUGUGGCACUUAGGAGCUUCUUUGGAUUAAAACCCCCUAUACCAGAAAGGAUAUUACUAUUGUCGCGAGAAAAUGACUACGCUUAAGUCUGACUCGAUCUUAAGCAAUUUGCUAUUCAUCCAGUUGGAUCCACGGCGGUUGCCAAGUAGUUUAGUGGAAAUAGACCCUUACACGUUUUUUGCAACUUUUUACUGGGGCUAAUUAGUGAAAUUCGUCAACACGGCUGGGAAGAACGCCGUUAAAUCGAUCAGUUACCCUGCCAACACCUUUAAACUUGACAAGUUUAUUAAUUUCAAUUACGGCGCUCUUUCCAGCAGUGUCCAUGGACAUUCGCUUACUGGGUUUUAUCUAAACUUAAAAACACCGUGGAAGGGUUGAUCGAUUCGUGUUAAAGUGUGAUCAGUUUUGUUACUUAUCAUAGAUUCAGGAACUGAUUGUCGAGAAAAUUGCCGCAUUGCAAGUUAAGAGUCUUCCAGACCUGCUGCAGUCUUCUUCUGUGAUUGGCUCAGCCAUUCAGCAAACUGAAACAACAUCUGUAAAAUCUCUGGUAAGGUAUUAUUUUCCCAUGAAGUCCUCAUAAUCGUCCUGCUAAAACAGGACAGGUAAGGAUGUUUUUAAAACUUUUUCUAUUUAUUUCGUUACAUCUUUCACAGUCUAAAACGUUUGAAUGACAGGCGCCACUCCUUCCUCCUUCGCGCAUUUUGUGUCAUCAGCUUCAUGUUCAGUAGUAAUAAGUGCUCAAUGGCUACGUUAUGUAUUUUGGAUUCCUUAUUCGGUUUCCACCUGGAUUUUCAUUGCGUUGUUCUCAACUUUUCCAGCAAACUGGGAGCAGAGCCUCCUUUUUUCUUCUCCUUGAUCGAGAAGGAGAAAAAGAGGCUCUGGCUGAAUCGCGUUAAGCCUUUGAGGUCACCGAAGCCCGAACUGAACUGGUCAAUCUUAUCUUUUCUCCUCAAACUGGUUUUUCGACAGCGAACAUUUUUUAUUAAUAUAACGAUAAUCGUAACUGAGCUCGCUGUACAAGACGUUCUGCUAUUAGGCCUGGGGUUCUGUAUCCUAGCAACAUGCAGAUCUCACUCAAUUUCAUUUUUCAUCCCGCCCAGAUGUCACGCUUUUAACUCUGUGAGAUUGUCAUGCGCAAGAAAGAAGGGAAUUGGGGUGGAGAAUGACCCGAUUUAUGAAGUCUUUCUUGAGUACGACAAAAUCAAACAAGCGAAAGAAACGCUCUGCUCCCAGGGUGCUAUUCCAGGUAAACUAUUCACAACAAUUCGCAACAUCGUGGAAGCAGUAAUUUGUUAGCAGCCCGUUAGAAAACUCGCAGUAACAUUUCUUUCUCUAUACGUUCGCUCUUGUCAGGAAUUUGCCCUACCUGCUAUUGAGUCCAUGGCUUCACUGCUCUUGAAUGCUGCCCAGCAGAAGCACAUGGACGACAUACCGCUGAUCACCCUUUCAGCAGAAAACUUAGGCUCAUGCCUCAACAACGUACUGAAGAGUGCAUCAAUAAUCGCAUCAGGAAAAUUUGGUUCCAGUCUUCAAGAACAGGUAUUUAUUUCCAUAGUCUUCUAGUUGGCACAAACACUUGGAAAAUCUCAGUGCAAUUCCCCAGCAAAUGUAAUGACAGUGCUCUGUGCCUGUUAUACUCGUGAUGCCUUAAUUGAAAGGUUCUUCCCGUAAGACCGCAAUCUUGCUCAAGGAAACUAGUUUCUUGUCAAUCAUCUGUUGUAAUUUAAUGAUUUAUUACAGCAAAUUAAAUCCAUUUCUUGGUGCUCGAUUGUGACGAUUAUCGUUAGUACUCGUAAACGUAACCUAACGUUAACUUAAAAACAAGUACAGUGGAACCUCUAUUCGGGGGACACCCUUGAGACCAAGGCAAGUGUAACCUGAAAAGAAAUGUCCCCUGAAUGGAGGUUGGACUAGGGUUUGUUAAUAGUGGAGCGUCCGCGAGUGCGAAAUGCGCGAGCAGUGGGGCGCCAACUCUCAGCCAAUUGUUUUUUGGAGAUUCACUCUUUGGCCAUUUUCGCCAAAUUCGUCAAUUUCGUGACUUCUAUAUAAGGCUUUAGCGAAUUUUAGCCAUUUUCGGCAUAUUUCCCAUCUCCGUCAAAAUCGCCACUGCGAUUUCUCGCCAUUUUCGUCAUAUUCGCCACUUUUAAGUGGACCCUUUGCCUCCUCAUUUGACUUGCAGGGAAGUCAUUUGGCUAUUUUGGUCAACAUCACCAUUUUCGUCAAAAUCACGACUUUCAAAGGGCCUGUUUGCCAUCUCAUUGUAAAUUUUAUUAAGACUUUGGCGAAUGUUCGCCAUAUUCGUCGCCAAUUGUAAAUUCGCCAUUUUCGCCAAAUAUGCAAUUUUCACCAAAAUCUUAAUGGGAACCUUUGGCCUUGUUAUUACUUAUUUGCUAAACUUGGCGAAUUCUCGCUAUUUUUUCUAUUGGGCGCUUUUCUGGACAUGAGUGGGUGAAUCGGGCCUAAACAUUCUAAAAAUGAAGUAGUAAUUGUAUCAAACGGGCGCUUCCUUCUUUAGGGCAAAACUCUUGUAAUGGAAUCCUUCAGGAUCAUCAACAUUAUUGCAGAUGCCGUGUUAGCAAUGAAAGUUGCAGAUGAAAGGGUGACGCGGAUCAAGACUACAGAAUUGUCCAUGACAUUAGGACGUCAUACCCCAACUAAACUUGUUGGAUUAUCAAUUGAAGGAGGGGACGGUAGAUUUGUUUUACCUGAUGAAAAAGGAACAUUAGAUUCCAGUACUGGUAACACAACUUUCGUAGACUCGCAGGUAAGUUUUCAUAAAUCCUCCUCCUUUUUAAAAAAUUCUCGAAUGAGCACUGCGCCAUCAAAUAAGCUAUAUAACCUGCGCAGCUCGAGAGAUCAUCAGUACUUGUAUUUAGAGGCAGAGGAGUUGCAAAGCCGCGCGGAGAAGUGAGAAGAGACACUUUGAUGGUUAGCCUAAAUGUGAAAUAAUUGUCCCUCCUGAUUUCCUCUAUUUGCUGUUCAAAAUACAUUACACAUGAGCUACAGUUUGAUGACAGGUAAUGUGCCGCUAUUGCUCAAGUUCUUUAAAAUUCCCAAACUUUUUCACAAGUGAAACGCCGAAAACAUUGCAUCGAGGCAGUUUUAGAAUUAAGUCUUUUGUUAUUUUCACCCAAGUGAAGCUAAUCCAGAAUCUGGAUCCUGGACAUUUUUGCUUGUGGAGGUUUGGUAGGCAAAUUUUGCACAUUUUUGCAUCAUUUUUAGUGGUUGUUUUAUGGAUAUUAUCUAUAUGUCACUACAUUGACAGUAUUCCUCAGUUCUUGAGGAACUAGAAUAUAUCAAAAUAAACUAUGUUAUGUCACCCAAAAGGUGUUAAUUUAAUUACCCCCUAGGGUGACACGGAAAGAGAAAAAUCAAAAUUUCAGAAGAAUCCUUAGAGUUAUUGUUAAAAAAGAAAGGACGUAAGAUAGAAUAAUUCUGUGUUUGACUACGACACAGCUCCAAUUAAUCCAGCCUCUAGGGCACAAUUUGCCAUUUUGUAAUUUGACCCAUAUUUUGACAUCAAUAACUCAGCUGUACGGCAAUUCUAACCUUUAGUCAAACACAGAUCUGUUCAUUAACAUGCUCUUUGUGUAUUUGCCAAAUUUCACAAAGAAAUAAUGAUCCAUUCCUCCAAAAAACUGGUUCCCGUAAGUCAAGGUAAAUCGGUCACGCGGUAAUUAACGCUUUUCCAGUGUGAAAAAGCUUAUUUUCUUCUCAAAAUCAACUGUUUUUCCUCGAUACUACCAUCACAGACCUUCUUGCCCGCCAUUUUGAAUCACCGCUGUGUAAAAUGUUCGUGGAAGCCUAAGAAAAUGCCAAAUGACCUCUCUAUAGCCCCCUUGGAUUUUGAUACGUGACCAGUUGCUAGGUGUGACGUAUUUCCGGAAGAUGCGUUACUCAGUGUCAGCUUUAAUGCAGUGAAGCGCGCUGAAGUAUGAAGAUUGAAGAAGAGUUUUAUUCAAAAUUGAAAAGAAUUGCUUCUGUAAAGUGAAAGAAAUUGGCAGAAAAACAGACCAGAGGAUUAGGGGCCAAGAAAACGUUUUACUCUCCCGGCAAAAUUGUCAGAAUAUAUCAGGUGAGAAGACACACCGAUGUAAUGUAAAUUUAAAACAAUAUUAAGCCCUGGAAAACGGAGUAUAUUUCAAGAACAUAACGGAUUUUGACAAGAAGCAAGUAAUAUUAGUCAUCACAGCUUUAACAGAAGGAAGAAAACUCAAGUUGGACAUACAGCGGCUGUAGUUUGUCAAUGAAUCCAAGCAGUGAAUAGAUCUUGUUCAGCGCAUCAAUAGAACUUGAUGCUGGAAAGAGGAGUCAAAUUGCAUUCCUGGCGUCCAUUUUCUUAGUAACGGAAAUGACAAUUUUUCUUUAACUUCCGGUAAAUCAGUCAACUUUUGAGUAUAUUUUCUCUUUAAUGCGAAGGUAUAUUCAAAAAAGAACACCAGAUAUGCAUAUUACAUCAUCUGAACUUACUGUAGAAAGAUUUUGAGUGCAAAAUAAAAUGUUGAAAAUUUGCCUGUGCAAAUACCUUAAUAAUGUUAUCGUUAGCGCUUGGACUCCGGAAUCCACAGCAUGAAAUCCAGAAUCCAGCCUGUCUUUGAUUACCUUACAUAACAAUCCGAAAUACAUGUGUUCAUUACUCUUGGAAAUAUUCUAUGGAUUAUAACGCCUUUUAGUAUAUAAACACUCAGUGAUCUUGGUAAUUUGAGCAAUCUGAUUAGUUCGCUUUCUCGGAGUAUCACGUUAUAUUCACCGCACUAGGAGGUGAAUAUAAGGCAAAACAAAAUCGCUGUCGUGAACUGGGUGUUUUGCCAAAGUUUUCCAGUAAGAACGUUUUGAAAAUACAAGAAUAUCUUACAGUAGACGAUUUUGAAGGUAGAAAAAGACUUCACGGUGUUUAAACAGCGUGAUUUACUAUAGCUGACUUUUUACGCACUCGAAUCAAUGUUUACCUUUACAGAGUGAAACAAAGGCGCUUUUUCACUGUUUUCUGAACUAGGGAUUUCCUAUAAGUAGAAGUUAAUUUUUAGAAACUAUUGAUGCUACAGCUUACAAAAAUAUUAGAAACUAUGAUAUACCAUGUUUGAACUCAAGGUAUUGUAAGCAUAAAGACCUAACUGUCGCGAAUCGUCUGUUUACGGCUACAUGUUCACGCAUUAAUUCACCCAUUAAUCAAACUAAUCGUUUUUGAAUGGUUGCCUUUCUGAUUGUGUUGAGAUCACGUCAUUAUUCAACAAUAUGAAAAUGUAUUUCGUUCAGAUAUCGCUAAGAUUCAGAGUAUCGUGAUGUGCAAUGGAGUGUAAUGAAAUUUGCUGAAAACAUAAUUAUCUAAGCCAAAGGUUAUGCCAUUGACGUGUUUCAUGCACCAUGUUCAUGUCGUUUUUGUUUGUUUGUUUUGCUUUUUAAGAUGCUCUCAAUUCCAUUCAAUCCUUACACAUGGGAUGUCACAAGAGAACUAGUGGACUCUGAUAUCUUAGCACUGGACUUGAAAGACGACGAGCGUAAACUGAUCAAAGUAUCAGGUCUCCCAAACGACGUCCUGAUUGUUACACCACUGAAACCUCAACAGAUCUCUUUACAAAUCCCGCAGUACUUCACCCAGAAUGAUAAUUUACGAUUUCACCAGAUAGAUGUCAAGUACGAAAACACGUUGAUAAUGGUGGAGAUCACUCCAACAGAUGAAAGUGUGACCCUUUUUGUUUACAUGCGACAGAGUCAACGGCCAACAACACAAGUAUAUGAUCUAAAUGCCACUAUCUCCAAACAGGAAACUUGCAUUUGGUGGAAUGCGCAGGAAAAAAGUUUUGGAAGAGUAAAGUGUUCUUCCAACAGAUUUACAGCCGUUCCUAUAGAAACAGUUGCUAGGCAACCUGGAAGGUACUUUCUAGGAAUUCAAAGUUAUAACACCAGUGUGACGUCCCUGAAGAGACAAAAGCGAUCAUGUUUCGGAAAUAGACGUCAAAAAAGAUCAUGUGUGCAAGUGAAAGAUCCUCCUCCCACUCCCCCUCAGAGCAAAAAUGUAUCUGUAGUGCCCGUGUAUGACCCAGCCAUCUCAAGGAACUAUACUAUGAGGGUGGCCUUGGGGAGCUGUGUGUUCUGGUCAGAAAAGCUGCAAAUGUGGACGACAGAAGGCUGUCAAGUAAGUAAUAACUGAUGAGUGAGCUAUUUUUUAAAUUGGUGUUGGAACUCGGGUUGGUUGCUAAGUGUAAAUUGUUAAGCCUCGCAAUAAGCAGUAAGUAAUACAUGCAUGUUUUUGCCGUCUCCACGUUCAUUCAUGAGAUCUUUUGACUUCCUAUGUAUGUUUUGUGAUCUUGUGCAGUUGUAUAAUGUAGUUAUUUUGAUAUUUAUUUUGAUCUGUUGGAAAAUAAUAACAUGCCCUUAAAUUGCACAACCCAAUAUAAGUUCAUUAAUGAAUCAAUUUUGAUAUAUUAAAAAAGUUCAUAACUUUCUCGAGGCUUGAGAAGAUAAUUCAAGAGAAAUAAUCGCCUUGAGUUUCAUAGAUUAAUUUUGUUUGUUGUCCAGAUUCCCCAAGCCUCCGAGCCAGGUAUGAAUUUUAAGUUAUUUCGAAAUUGGUCUAUAAUUGACCUAACAUGGAAACUUGGUUUUAAAUUUUUUCAUUCUUUAUUCCGUAGGUUUUGUCAGCAACGUUAAAUGGAUUCCUGAACUGUUCAUGUAAUCACCUAACCUCCUUUGGAGGUAGUUUCUUUGUAAAACCCAAUCCCAUCGACUUUGAUCAAGUGCUGGUAGAGUUCAAGAGACUUGCAGAUACAGGAAAUGUCGCGGUUAUUGUAACCGUGGCAGUGGUAUUCCUGUGCUACGUUUUUGUGAUUGUUUUCGUCAGAAAAGCGGAUCUGCAAGACACCAGAAAUGUAAGUACUUAUUAGGUAACUUAAAUAAUGCAACCACCACUUGGAAAAACACUACAGCAGUGUGAAGCUGGAUCUUAGUGUAAACCAGACCGAGCAAUGAAAAAUAUUAAACCAAAGGCAAGACUCAUCGGACAGCUCAAUUAGAGAAUAGAGAACUCGUUCUCCUAGAGCUCAUCAAAUCAAACAGAGAGGUAUUUUUUUAUCACCAUGACGACGAUUGAACCCUAUAAAAUGAACUGGAAGUACAGUAUUAUACAAAACUAAGUUCUCCAGUUCUCUUAAUUCUUUUAGUGAAGUCUUACUUCUAUGAUAAUGUAUGACUGUGCGAUUAUCGAAACUCCAUGCUCUAUAAUCAUCUAUAAUGUAAAAUUAUGCGUACAAGGGCAUCGUAGAGGCGCAUAAGAGUUAAUUUUUCUAGUUUUGGGAGUGAUGGUAGGUGGUAGUGCGGAGCCUUCGAUUUAGGCUUCGGUGUCUCAUUUGGCACAACGGAAUCUAAUCAGUAGCAGGUACCCAUUCAGAUCUCGGAGGAUGCUUUUAACGGAAACCAAUUUUUUGUUUCUGGCCUUGUAGACAUGCGUAAUGAAAACAAACCAAUAGAAAAACAAAAAACAAAUUAUACAGCGCUCUCUUAUAACGUCAUGGUGGCCACAUCAGUGUUUCAGAACAAUGUAACGGCGGCCAUGUUGGUGUUCCAAAUCAACUCUGUUGGAUUGUGUCAAUAAACACUUUCUUUUGUUCCAAAAAAUUUUAAUAGAUGCUGAUCACGAGUCAGAGUGAAAACUCUUCACACGGAACGAAACUUAACAAUAAAGGGAACAAAAACACAUAACACUUUCCUUUCCUUUUUUGUUCCAGAAUGGCUCUCCAGUUGAGCUGCCAACAGGAUCAAACAGUUUGCACGAAUAUGAAAUAACAAUAAUAACAGGAGUCUGGAGGAACUCUGGAACAACAGCUAAAGUUGCUAUAGAGAUAUACGGCUCUGAAGAAAGCACUGGGAAGGUUCCGCUCAACAACAUGGAAGAUUCACCGAAGGGCACACUUUUCUCUAGAGGAAAUACGGACGUUUUUGUUCUUAAAGUUGAAAAACCGCUCGGUUCCAUUGAAGGGGUGAGGUUUGGGCAUGACAACUCUGGAAAUAGUCCUUCGUGGUUUCUAGAGGAAAUCAUUGUUCUUGACAAACAAACGCUUUGCUCUUGGACAUUCACGAAUACUCAGUGGCUAGCUCUUGAGAGAGGAGACGGUAGGAUUGAACGGAUGUUGGAGACAGAACAAAAUAGAAUAGAUUUCAACAGCGAGGUUUUAAAGCGAUGGUGGAAAGGACUCACAGAGAAACACAUAUGGGUCUCAGUUAUAGCGAAGCCAAGGAGAAAUCGGUUUACUCAGGUACAACGGGCGUCAUGCUGUCUUUCACUGCUAUUGACAGCUAUGCUUGCAAACGCCAUGUUUUACGAACUGGACGGAAAAUCUGAGAAUGUGAUUCAGAUCGGACCUUUGAAAUUCACUUGGAGACAAGUAGUUAUUGGUAUCGAAAGUGCGCUCAUUGUUGCCCCUAUAAACAUUUUGAUUGCAUUCCUGUUUCAAAAAGGGACCGAAAACACCGCGAGUCAAACCCGUGUUUGCUGGAAAGCAAAUUGUCUCAUUUACUUUGCCUGGUUUUUAUUCGUUUGUUCAUGUUCUGUUUCAGCGACGUUUACCAUCUUCUACAGCUUGCUCUGGGGAAAGGAAAUCAGUGAGCAAUGGCUGUCUUCCAUGUUUAUCUCUUUCACCCAGGAUAUGGCAAUUACUGAGCCGUUCAAAGUGUUCUUUACCGCAAUAGUACUGUCAGCCAUCAUUAUCAGAAAAAAGAGAAAGAGAGAUGGUAGCGAAUACGUAAAAGAGGCUAAAACUCGAACUUCAACUAAAGGACAUUUAUGGAAGAUGAAGCUCAAAGACGUAGAGGAGAUGAGAAGGCGUCAGGCGAAAAAACAAAAUAUAUCUCGGUUCUUUGUGGAGCUUUUCAUCUACCUUAUUUUUGUUUUCUUGUUGAUGGUGGUUUGUUAUGGUAGCAGAAAUGAACAUCGAUACAUGAUGACAAAAUCCGUCACAGAAGGACUGCCAAAAUUUGAAGCGGUAAGGGAAAUUUCCCUAACAUUAUUGCUGAACUCUUUUCUCUUUUCCUCUAUGAUUGCUUGCUGGGAAAACUGUGUCUUCGUGUACUCAAUGAACAGCGGCUUCUUCCAUUACUAUCCUUUAGUUUGGCUGGCAGGGGGAUUACUACCUUCUCAUUAUUUUUGAGCUAGGUUAAUAUAAAAGGAUAAUGAUUUCAGAACUACUCGCUUGAUAGUUACUGAAUGAAGAGAAGAUCAUCACAGUGAAAACCUGAAAACGCAACUUAUACAGUUGCGAAACGAAAGCCUGAAAAAAAUCAUAAAAAAAUCAUAAUAAUUGCAUUGUCGUUUUUCUUUCUUACCGGGUAAAACUUUCAAAAAAUUACUUAAUUGUCGUGGUUCUUGUACUAGUUUUGUUCAUUGUUUUUGUCUUUUUGCUUUUGGGAUACCAGGUCAUUAACAAGAAACAGUACUGGAGCUGGAUUAAAAAUGUUUUUUUACCCGGUGUAUUUGCUGGUAGAUGGUACAACGGACGUCCCGAGAAUCAAACCAUGUACAUCGGAAAUAAACGUUCAGUCCUGGUAGGAAUGGCUAGAGGAAGGCAACUUAGAGCUCCACCUGGUGAGUUAUAAAUUAGAAAUUGCGUUAAAACUCAACUAAGAAAAGAAAAUUUCGCGGCCUGUCAUUCCUUUUCAAAAUAAUCUCAUAAAGUACGAUUUUUAAUUGCCAUUUUCUCCGGGCAUGGUAUAAACAAUGGAUGUUGCCGCAGAAGGAGCGAAAAGGCGACGUAGGCCAUUUUUCCUGAUACGUAUUUCCUCGAGUAAUAGCUGAAAAGGGGGCGAUUAUUCGAGGGAAGGCGAUUAUUUCAAAUAUUGGUCACUGGAAGUCGUGGAUUGAAUAUUAGAAUAUUUUAUUUAUUAUCUUUCCAUUAAAUCAAAAAAUAAUCAAAAGAUAAACUGAACAUGGAUUUUUAAGUGUUCCAAAUUUAGUUUCUUGAUGAAUUUUUCGAGUUUGAAUCGUCACUAAUCAGUUUUGCUGAAUCACAUUGCUCUUCAACGUUAGGAGGGGAGGGGAUAAAAGGAGGAGAAGAUGGCAGGAGGGGCGAAUGGGGGAGAUUAUUAGAGGGAGGCGCGCGAUUAUUUCAAAUAUUUCUUUCAAAGAGGGGCGAUUAUUUGAGAGAGGCAAUUAAUCGAGGGACGGCUAUUAUUCGAGGAAAUACGGUACCUUGCGACAUCAUUUUAUAUUCUUGAGCUUUCAUUGUUAAAUGUGAAUCUGAUCCGAAACACAAAAUAUUAAAAAAAAUAAUAAUAGCCUUCUGCUAGCAAAAAGGAGGAAUCUAAACGAAGAGAGAUUGCUUACAUUAUUAAGAAAAAGAUAUGUAGGAUCUGGAAAACUAUAUCUACUUCCUUUCUCCAAACCCUUAUCAAAAUUUGCAUAAAUUCUUAGAUCUUUAUAAAUAGGUUCUUUUUUUAAACAUUUGCAGAGACCUGUGAAGUUUUGGAUUAUAUGAAGCAUAUGUUUCCUGUUUGCUACGGCGGGUACUCACGCUUAAACGAAGAUAAGACAUCCUUCAACAAGCCAGGGUGGAAGCCUGUCGACAACUCCACGAAUAAAGACGAACUUUUCCGACUUUGUCCGAAGCCUUGGAGAUACCAAAGUGCCGCGGAUACGGACACGGUUCCUAAGUGGGGACAGUUUUCGUUUUAUCCUGGUGGAGGUUUCGUGGCCGACUUAGGUUAUGAAAACUCUACAGGCUUUACCGUUAUAGAAACACUACAAAACAAUGACUGGCUCGACAGGCGAACCAGAGUCAUUAUAUUGGAAUUUUCCUUUUUCAAUCCAUCUGUUAAUUUACUUUGCAUCGCGACGUAUUUCUUUGAGUUAGAGGCUUCCGGAUACAGCGCCCCGUUCACAAGAACAGAAGUGAUUUCAUUAGACUCAACAGAGGCUGGUUCGCAACAAUUUUACCUCAUCUGUAUUCUGUUCUUUAUCAUAUUUGUCGCGUUUUACCUUGGGAGAGAGUGCUACAGGCUGUACAAACAACGUUCUCGAUAUUUUAAAUCUUUAUGGGGCUGGGUAGAAAUAUUCCAAGUAUUGUUUUCCUUGUUGGCUGUGGUAAUGUACAUCGUAAGAUCUAAAAAGGCGACCUCUACGAUUCAGAAGCUUCAGAAAAACAUCUACGCAAACCUCAGUUUUCAAGAAGUCAUCAUUUCGCUUGAAAUAGAGAACGCUGCGCUAGGGAUUUUAACAUUUAUUGUCACUGCCAAACUUUUGAGGCUUAUUCGUUUCAAUCAACACGUUGUCGUGUUUUCGAAAACACUGAAGACGUCUGCGCGACUGUUGUCAUCAUUUACCGUUGUUAUGUUGAUCUGUUUUACUGCCUUUCUGCAUUUCGGGGUUUUGAUCUUCGGGACAGGUUCGAGGCAUUACUCUUCGAUACUCAGAGCUAUGUAUUUUCAACUCGAACUGACUCUGGGGCGCGUGAAAGCGAGACCCAUCAAUGAACUGGCAGAUGCCAACGACACUUUUGGAAGAAUUUUUGCCGUCUUGCUUCUUUUUACCCUGACCAUAUUGGCCAUGAAUUUUUUUAUUGCCAUUAUGAACGAUGCUCUUAUGAAUGCAAAGACCUGCGCGAGUGAAAAUGAGCUCUACGACCUUCUGGAUGAAAAUUGGAGUCAAAAGGAAGGAGAGAAUAAACGCAUAUUUGACGCUAUAAGUGAAAGUAUAAAACAAACGAAAGGAAAUGACGAAAUAGUGAAGAUGACGAAAACAGAGAUAAGGAAUUGUGGUGAAAAUCCCAACAAAAAGUGUGUGGUCAAUUUUGAUGCAAUAAGCAAAGCAAUUAUGGCAUCAAGAGAAGAUAUCGUGGAAAAUUUAGCAGAGAAGAAGUUUAAUGCCAACACAAGGAGAAAAUCCUUGUUUGAUAAGAUCAGCGGUUAUAUUUUGAAAAGAGAAGAACACAAAAUUCAGAAAGAACUAAGGUCGUCACACAGUCAACAGCAUCGCAAAGUACGCUUCUCAGAGGACGUUAUCAAAUGCCAGUUUCAGAAGCUACAAAAACAGAAAAAGUUCCUUUUUCAGCGCUUAGAUAACAUAAUUCAAGGUCACUCUGAUGAAGAAGACAAAUUCCAGCUGUUAUGUUACGAAGUUGGUUAUUCCUCCAAAGAAACCACUACAGUCGCUGACCAACGAGCCACGAAUGACUCAUAUGCGUGA